GGGAUAGAAAGAGAAAGAAAGAAAGAUGGAUCCGGAGCAGACGUUCAUACGCGUGCAGGAGCGAUUCUCACAGAUCCUGACGCCCAAAGUGAGAGCUGGUUUGGAGUACAUCUACCUCUUCAUCGCCAUCACUCUCUUCUCUAUUCUCGUUGUCAUGCACGCCAACUACGUUCAACAGCCUGGCUGUUCAAGUGAGCUUCCCGGGGUCGAAACAGCGGACGCACAAAUCAUUCACGUGAAGAUUUCUAGUGCAGGCUUGUGGUCGCAGAAUGAGUCAGACUUCACCAAUCAUGUCCCCGAGACCAAAUUGGUGAUGGAUAAAUUAGAACUUGCCAAUGUGGGUGGGGAUGAUGGGUUGACAUCUGAGACUCUGGAUCAUCAGGGAGAUAGCUCUAUGCCAACUGUUGAGGAUGCGGUUUUGAAAACUGAAAUAGAGGAGACGCGUACUAGUUUUCCUUUAUCUGCCAAGGAGACUUUUAAAGCAGCACUCUUUCAUUUUACCAAUAAGUGGCACAGGCGUCUGUCAUUCCUCUGGAAGCAUGCCUCAAAUAUCAUUGCUAGUUUGUGGAACAUUGCAGGUAUACAUUUGGAUCUUGAUAUUCCGAAGUGGCUGCAUAUACUUCGAUUAGACAGGCUUAACACAUAUGCAGUGCAGUGGCUUGAGAACAGAAGCAAAACUUUUGAACCAACUUACUUAUACACUAUGGAAAAGGGUUAUUUCUUACUACCUGAAAGUGCAAGGGCUCAGCAUAAUAUUCGUACCGUAAACAUAAGCAUAUCAGCUCGACAUUCCUGUUUUGGGAACAGGUGGCAGCAGCUACUCAUUAACAGAUUUGUUGGGUAUGAUACUAUAUUGAUAAACAGCUUAUUGAGUUCUCCUGGUCAAGGUUAUCUUUAUAAUUUUCAAACAAAAGAGUUCUUUAAUCUUAGUUAUGCACACGAGCCACCAGAAGGUCCUGCAAGAUUUGGAGAUUACCUUGUGACGAAGUGUGGUGUUCUUAUGAUGUCUCUGUUUGUGUUCUUUACAACCACUAUGUCUGUGUCCUUCACUUUGAGAGAAACGCAGACUCGAAUGCUGAAGUUCACAGUGCAGCUCCAACACCAUGCUCGUCAUCAGCUUCCAACAUUUCAGUUGAUUUUUGUGCAUGUAAUUGAAUCACUUGUGUUUGUGCCAAUUAUGAUUGGCAUAUUGUUUUUUCUGUUCGAGUUUUAUGACGAUCAACUAUUGGCUUUCAUGGUCCUAAUUCUUGUCUGGUUGAGUGAACUAUUUACCCUGAUCAGUGUUCGCACGCCCAUAUCAAUGAAGUUCUUUCCCCGCUUCUUUCUGCUCUACUUUCUCGUUUUUCACAUCUAUUUCUUUUCCUAUGCUUACGGUUUUUCCUAUUUGGCUCUUUCUACGGCUGCAGCAUUUAUGCAGCAUCUGAUUCUAUACUUCUGGAACCGUUUCGAGGUACCAACUCUACAAAGGUUUAUUCAAAAUCGAAGAUCACAACUCCAACAACACCCAGAUUUCCACAUUACUUCCUCCACGUUCCUUGCUUCAACUCUACAUAUCACAAGAUUGAACACAAGAAAUCCUGGUCUAGUUAAUUCUGACAUGGUCUCUGGCCCUGGGCUGAGAUCUGGAUCCAAUCCAGCAGUGCCUUCAAAUGGAAAUGAAGCUCCUGGCUUUCAUGAACGAUCAGGCAAUGAGAACCCAGUGCAAAACCCUCUUCAGGUUCCAGGCCAAGCUAACCUGAAUCAAGCGGAGAAUGGUCCAAACCCUGGCGCUAUGAAUUCAUUCAGCUCACUUUUGUUAUGGAUAUUAGGUGGGGCUUCCUCUGAAGGCUUCAACUCAUUUCUUUCCAUGUUCAGAGAUGUCCGAGACCAAGGACAAGCUUAUGCUGAAGCUCCCAGGCAAGAAAAUCAGGAUGUAAGAUAGUACUUCGACCUUGCUUGGGAGACCUAGAUCCCUUGCUGUUGUAGACCUAAAUGUUGUAUUUUAAGUAGCGUAGCAGAGUACAGUGUCAGAUUAAAGAAAAGUGUAUGCCGGAUAUACAUAUGUAUAGAAAUAGUGUAUUGAAAAGGAUAUCUCACAUCCUGUUGGUUUAUCU